GAAUGCUAAAUCUCGAAUGGGUGUAACUUAUUUAGUCCCGAUUUUUGCUCUACUGGGAAAUGCACCCAUAUCGGAAAGAACUGCGACAGGUCAAACUAACGUUGCCAACGACGACGCUUGAAGUCGUGUGCUGAUGUCACGUAUAUUCAUGUUUGUGUCAGCUCAAAUGACUACAACAUGCGGGAUGUGCGGAAAGUGGGGCCGAGACAUUCCAUUCUUUUCAACAAGCUGCAUAAACUUCGAGCGUCUUUUUUCUUUCAGAGACUUUUCUCGGCCUUACAACAUCGGUAAAAUUUUGGCGAAUUUUUGGGCUAGUAGCUUUAUGGCAGCCACAAGGUUAUGAUCGACUACCACCUCUACCACGUCGAAAACAAGACAUACGCAUAACUCUGCAAGCUACGUGUGAACACUAGAAUAAUUUCUACCGGGAAAAAUUAUGAGUUUGCACUGCAUGUGAGUACAGUCCGACUGCAAGGCUCCUGAUAAAGAGAAUGACUGCGAAGGCAUGAAGACACAUCACUAGCUCAAUGCACUCAAUGUUGCACAUAAAAGUGAGGAAGAAAUGGAAGCCUAGGACAGCUACUAUAAAUUGUAAGUUAAUUUUAGUGUUUUGCCUUGGUUGCUGUAUGGGUUGUUGCUACGAAUGUGACGAUGGUUGUUGUAGCUGUGAAAAUUUUCUGUGUACUCUGAUCUACCUGGAACGCUGGCGUAAAUCUUGGCACAAUCUGAAAUGACUCUUGAUAGCAUACUUGACCAUGCUUAAACACAAGCUGAUAAACAUACCUAAAAAACUGUAUUUGUAGAAGUAUCUGGACCGGCAAAUUCAAUUGUGCGAUAUCUAUACUUAGCGCCGUCUACAUUGAGCUGAGCCACUUCUGCGUGGCGAAUGCAGCUAUCUUUUUGUCUUGAAAAGCCGGGUCUUGCAACUGUUUACUUUCGACAGUGGUAAUCGCAGCUAUUUUACAUGUUGGAUGUGGGCGCUGCGAUAGAGCUGAUCGUACUCAGGUACAACAUGUGCUUUGGCGCAAGUAAUGCAUAUAUGACAGCUCCCUACAAGCAAAAUUCUUCUUCGUAAUACGUCAUCAUGCUGAGCGUAUUAAAUUUUGAUGCUUAUCAACAAGGCCUGAUUUGACCAGUAACUCAUUUUAUUCCCUUAUAUCGCUUUUGAUUUGAACAUUCGUCAAGUUAG